UAGUGUCGAUAGGUAAAAUUUAAGGUUGAGGGGCAGGUCAAGAACUAAAACCGGGCUUUGGCUUGGCAUCAAAUACUGUGAUCAAAGGCUGAAAGUGAUAUUGAAAAAGGUUCGUUUAUUCUUUAAUACGAACGAGAAAAUUCUUUCAACCAAAUUUUGAGUUCGCCACGUUGAUCGUGUAAGUAAUUCGCAAACUCUACGUAAGCGUUCCGAUUCACGCGAACGAUUCUCUCUCAAAAAGUUUUGAUAGUCGCCAAGUUUUAGUUUUUUCAUCUUCGUCCAUUGGAGUGUAUCAAAUAAACUUUUGUAACGCGUUACGCGAGUGCUUCUUUUCAGUUUUCUUCGACUUUGCGGUCUCUUGUUUUUUUCGUGGCAUCUUAUUUUUGAGUGUGGAGGCAGCGGCAGCGGCACCAAUUUACAACAGCAACAACCACAACAUAUUCCAGUAUUGGUGACACCAACAAUAAUAGAUCAAAGAAUUGUCAACGGGACUGCUUGUCCAGAUAUGACAGAUCAUCAACGUCAACAACAACAACAAUUAAGCAAAGGCAACGGAAUGGAUUCACGAACGAAUUUGAUUAUAAAUUAUUUGCCUCAGAGUAUGACAGAAAAAGAACUCUACAGUAUGUUUGUUACGAUUGGCCCGGUUGAAUCAUGUAGAGUCAUGAAGGAUUACAAGACUGGUUACAGUUAUGGUUUUGGUUUUGUUAACUAUGCAAAAAUUGAAGACGCUGAUACUGCAAUUGCCACUUUGAAUGGACUUCAAGUUCAAAACAAGAAACUAAAAGUUUCACAUGCUCGUCCGUCUGGUGAGGAGAUUAAGGAGACCAAUCUCUACGUUACGAAUUUACCAAGAAAUACAACGGAUAAGCAGAUCGAAGAUAUUUUCAGUAAAUUUGGAAAUAUCGUACAGAAAAAUAUUCUCAAAGAUAAACAUACAGGUUUACCACGAGGUGUUGCAUUUGUAAGAUACGAUAAACGAGAAGAAGCACAAGAAGCGAUCAAUUUUCUCAAUGGAACGAUUCCCGAUGGUGGUUCUGAGCCACUCAGCGUGAAAAUAGCCGAGGAACAUGGAAAACAAAAGGCGGCUUAUUACGCUGGAUGGCAAGCGGGCUACAAUCAGAGUCGCGGAGGUGGAAUGGCUGGUAGGGGACGUGGAGGGCCACCAGUUGGUGUUGGGAUGGGAGCAGGAAUGCCAGGUAUAGGUGCAGGUGGACCACCAGGUAUAAUGGGCAGAUCGAGUGGUUUUGGACCCCGUGGAGGUCACCAUUUUGGCGGGGGAGGUGUCGGUGGAGGUCCAGGCGCAAUGAGAAUGGAAAAAAUGCAUCCACAUCGUUUUAAUCCAAUUGGCAUGAGCGGAGGAAUUAGCGGCGGUGGUGGUACAGGAGGUGGAGGUGGCGGUUAUGGAGCAUCAAAUUUCUGGUGACCACCUGUAGAUACUGGUGUGUCCGAGUGACAUCGGCUCCAUCGCCGCUCCUUAGUUUUUGACGACGGAGUUUUAUAAUCCAGCGUUCAUCGUGUUCUCCAUUAAAAAAAAAAAAAAAAGAAAAGAAAAA